UAAAGUAUAUGCCACAUGUACGGAAUUUUUGUUUAUUGCGAAAACAGUUCCUCCUUGAAAAACUAUUCAAACCUCACAAAACUGUCUUGUCUUCCAAGAGAAAGGUUAUUAAAAGAAUAUUGAGAAAAAUCGAAAGUGAAAAACAGAAUACAGAUGAUAGGAAGACAUAAUAUUAAAUGUUAAAAAACUAUUAAUACCAAAACAAAGAUGAUUUAACAUUACUAACCAUGAAAUAAAAGCAAAAUAAACGGAUAAUGCGAUGUAAGGAAUUUGUUGAAAUUGAAUAUGGACGAGAAACCAAACUUUUCAUAUCAGAUUCCUAAGGAUUCUAUAGUUCUAAAGCCUACCCAAGACUCUGACCGGUUAAUACGAGAAUAUUUUCCAAUUAUAACAAACUCUAAAUAUUGGCAUGCUUUUGUAAUCCACAAUUCGAGAAAUCAGAAGAGGAAUAAAAUACUCAAGAUAAUUUUAGAUUAUGUAUACCCCGAAACACUUUUACCAAUUCAUUUUGAAAAAAGAGGAAAUGGUUGCAUAUUUUUGGCAAGAAACUGCACUGGCGCUAUAGUUAAAUUAUUGAAAAAUAAACUUGUUGUUCCUGAUCCUAGUGAUACUAAUUGGACUUACACCCUGGAAAUAUUUCUCAGGUAUUCACUUAUCACACAACUAACGUUACCUACCAAUGAGGAUGUUUCCCAUACAUUAAAACACUUAUAUGAUAAUACAUCAAAAACACUGAAUUUGGAAAAAUUCGCAGAGAACAAGGAAUUACGAGAUUAUACUCCUUUAUCCCAACCAAAGCUUUUAUGUUUUGUUCUACAUGUGUCUCGAGUAUUAAAUCCCUCUUGCAUAAUGUUAAAUGGUAAUGAAAUUAGGACUUUAUCUUCCUUCAAAGUUCUCAAAGGUCUAGAUUCCGUUCGGAAGUUGGAUUUAAGAAAUAAUUUAAUUGAAGACAUGAGAGAACUGAAAAAUUUGAAAAUUUUUAAGUUAGAGGAGUUGUGGCUUGAUGAUAAUCCCUUAUGCUCAAAGUAUAAUGCACUUUCUUAUGUUAACACCAUAAGGAACAUUUUUCCAAUGUUACAAAAGCUUGAUGGUGUUGAGUUGAGGAAAAAUUGCCGCAAUUCUAAAAAAUUUAAGCAAAUGAAGAGGCAGAAUAAGAUUAUGACUGAGGAAGCAAUGUCACGCUUAACAGGUAUUAAUAUAUUAUGGACAAAAAGGUUGCUUCAAGAUGCACGUUAUGACAUAAUCGAAUUCUUAACAUCGUUUGUAUCUCUACUUAAAAAAAAUAAGAUACCUGAAGUGGCAUUCUCAGAGACUUAUCAGAAUAGUCUUCUGGAAUGGCUAGUACCCAAAAUGGUGGAUUUUGGAAUAGACAAGUUUGAAUUUUCCCUUCAGAAAAAGGCACUGAAAUAUAUAAAGGGUCAUCCUUCAUUUCUAAACAAUCUUGAUUCACCACCUGAUACAUCUAAAUGUAAGAAAGUUAAAAUACCUCGUAAAGGCGAAGAUAGAUGUCGUGAUAUAAGAAGAACUGAUCGAGAGACGCAUCAGUGUUUACCCGAAAGUAAAACCUUCAAAACUCGUCUGUCAGAAAACCGGAUGAAACAUUGCUGGCGAUGUGGUUACCCGAGACCUAGAAGAAGAGAAACGCAAACCUCAUUUAACUACCAUCGCAGAAGAAUGAGGGAGUCUCAAACUUGCCUUUGUCCUAUCAAAUCAUCCCUAAAGAGAAGACUCGCAGUUAGGCCGUCACUUGACGCAGAACACGUAGAAAAUAGCGUGCCACCUAAGUUAUCAGCGGAUAGGGAAGUUGCCACUACCAAUGAAAUUUUAGGAGAGCCAGACGAGCAGUUGAUCAUAGCAGAAGAUCCAUAUUCACCAGCGGACGUUCCAUUAUCACCAAUAGACGAUUUAUGCUCAUCAGCCAAGGAUCCAUAUACACCACUAUUAUCACCAACAAGAACAUGUCAUAAGAUAAAACAUCGGAAUCUACCGGAUGUAGUGUCUGAGGCCUAUUUAUCGGGAAUCUCAUCUCCAAUUUCUGAGGCUCUGAUAUUAACAUGCGAAUCACCCUUAUCCAUAUAUUCAGAAAUAUCAGUUCAAUCUUCAUUGUCACUACCUUCACAAUCAUCGGUGCUAUCCUUGUCCGCGAAGGCUACUGGAGCAAUUUCUAUUCCUUCGCCAUCCCUAUCUAUAUCCACCCCAGAAACCUCACCACCAACAACGCCAUUAUCGUUAGUUUUAUCGCCAACCUCGCCAGAAGCCUGCAUUAUUAUCGAUAGUAUGGGUGAAAACCAAGACAUUUUCAACGGAAUUCCGAAGAAUUCUGUUGUUCUGAGUGCUGUCAAUAUCUCUGAAAAUUUGUUUCAAGAACAUUCGUCGGUUAUUGAAAACCGAAAUAAUUGGCAUGCAUUUUUGAUUCACAAUGUUAAGAGAACUGAAAGAAACGCGAUAUUGAAAGUAGUUUUGGAUCAUGUAUAUCCUGAAGCCCUUUUACCUAUUUCCUUUCAAACCAGAGGAACAGACUGUAUAUUUUUAGCAAGAAAUUGUUCCGGAGCUAUAGGUAUAUUAUUAAAGACCAAACUAGUUAUUCCUGAUCCUUCCGAUACAACAUGGAUUUAUACAUGUGAAAUUAUUCUAAAGUACUCGACAAUAUCCAAGUUGCCAUUACCAGCAAACAAUAUCGCUAAAAUAUUGGAACUUCUCUAUGACAAAAAAUCAAAAAUAUUGGAUUUAACUAAUUUCUCAGAUAACAAAGACUUAUCAGAGUAUAGUCCUUUAUCUCAACCGAAACUAUUAUGCUUUGCUCUGCAUCUUUCUGAUGAAUUGAAACCAACUCAUAUCAAGUUGAAUAAUAAUGAUAUUAGAACUUUAUCACCCUUUGUAGUUCUUAAAGGUAAAAGUUCUCUUCAAAAGUUAGACUUGAGUAAUAAUUCAAUUGAAUAUCUUGAAGAGUUGAAUUAUUUGAACAAUAAUUUAGUUGAAUUAUGGCUUGACGGAAAUCCAGUAUGUGCGAAAUAUGAUGCAUUCACAUAUACUAAAAUUGUGAAGAAAACGUUACCAAUGUUGGAAAAACUGGAUGGAGUUUCUAUAGGUGCACACGAAUUUCCUAUAUCCCAACAGUAUUUUUUCUGCAACAAUGAGGGAUUUGAUCUUGUAGAUCAAUUUGUUAGUCAUUUCUAUUCAUUAUAUGAUAAUAACAGAAAGCUUUUAAUAGACUUAUACCAUCGACGUGCUAUAUUUUCUAUGACUACAGGUAACAGCAAAAGAAGCGGAGCAAAUGAAAGAUUGCAAGUUUACAGCGAAUUCAGUAGAAACAUAAUGAGCUUAAUGUCAUCUUCGAAUUCAGUUCCCAUAGGAAGUAAAAAAAUUGUGAAUGUUUUACGCCAGUUGCCCAAAACCAAACAUCAUAUCCCUGGAUUUUCAGUCGACCUGAUUUUUUAUAGGGAAUCUUCAGCUGUUAUUUCCAUUACUGGUACUUUCGUAGAAGAUCCGAAGCAAAAUAUCCAGCCUGAUUUUGUGUUUAAUUUCAAAAGGACAUUCACCAUCAUCAAGCGUCCCUCAGAUUAUGUUAUCUACAAUGACGUUCUCCAUGUCGACAUUGCUUCAGAGCAGGUUGGAAAUCGCGAAGUUGAGGUAACUACACAUAAAUUUAGGGAAUGUGAAAAAAGAAUGGCGCAGGAAGCGAUGUCACGAGUUACAGGUGUCGAUAAAGUGUGGGUCAAAAGACUCCUGGAAGAUGCCAAUUACAACAUCAACAAAUUCUUGAAGUCAUUUAUGUCAUUAUUGAAAAAAAAUAAGAUCCCAGAGCUGGCAUAUUCGCAGAACAGCGAACACAGCUUGAUGGAAUGGCUCGUACCCAAAAUGGAGGAAUACGGAUUGGAAAAAUUCGAAGAUUCUUUACAAAAAGAAGCGCGAGAAUAUAUAAGAAAAACGAGACACUCUCAAAUUUCCAGUAUACCUUCUAUAUGUAAUCAAAAACGUGAAUGUUCGAAAGUACCAAAAAAUGCCUCUGCAGAGGUGACAAGAACGCCUUUCAAUACUGAUUACUAUAAUCAUACUUCCGAGAAGGAAUGUCAAAUAAUACCGAAAAAUACUUACAAAAACAACUUGAUCGAAAUACAGAAGACCGAUUUUUUCGAAUUUGAAACAAAACACGAGAUCAAAAACAUAGAAAAUAAAGUAGAUAUCACUUCUACAUCUGGAACAAGCAAAUGCGGAGCACUAGAUGACGCUGAUAAAAAUCCGAUAAAUAAUCCUCAGGGCCAUAAACGAAAAGGAUCGGUUAUGGAAUCAGAGGCAAAUAAGAGAAAAAAAGGAGACAUUAAAAUCGACGAAGAAAAAAAAGAUGCGAAUUCGAGUGAUACAAAAUCUAAGAAAAACGAGAAUAAGCUCGACGAAGAUGGAUGCGAAAUCAAUAUUACGCCAACGUACGCGCUUUUAAACGCGGAAUGGAUAAACGUGCAAGAACAUGACGAAUAUGAUUUCCAUUUAGCCUUCAACAAAUGGAUACUGGUGCAGAAGGACAAGGAAGGAAAAUUUUCUUCCAAACAAGACGACUUCCAGAAAAGUUUCACUUGCUGGAAGAAGCAUUUUCCCACCUAUCCCAACGAGAUCCUGAAUCAUUCUCUGCAUUCCUCCUGUUUGAAUCAGAAAUUGAAAUCGGCAUUGAACACCAUCAAACACCCGGUGACGUAUUGGGAUUUUCCGGCUACGGUCCCUUACGAUAUCAGACCUCCCAAACGGGCUAUUUUACAAGGGGGGAAUGUGAAAAAGUUAAUCAGUCAAGACAGUGGGUACCGUUUUGUUUCCAUAAGGAACAAAUGGGUUCUUGUUACCAAAAAUACGUUGGAUCUGUGGGUUACUCCGAAUAAUGAGAGGAAAGUGACGUGGAAAGGUAAUGGGUGGGUUUUAGAACAGCUUACAACGAAGGAAAAAGACUUGAUGGAAAAAACAGAACAGGUAAAUACCGGUAAAGAAAUGAUCGCAACAAAAGAAACAUCGACACAUCCCAGUAAAAAUGAAAAUACUAAUUCGGCAACAAACACAGAAAUCCAUGAAAUUGAAAGAAAGAAAAUGACAGGAAGAAAUAUACAGGAUACAUUAUUCGUUUGUGAAGAUGAAGAUAUAGAAAAUCCCUCAGAAGAUCCAGACGUAGAGAAAAAAUUACAACUGGAAGAACUGAAGACAAUAUAUAGUGAAGAUACCGCAAGAGAAAAAACAAUAACCGAUUCAGAUCUGCACUUGCUACGAACUGGUGACAAAGAAAACACUCCCCAACCAAAAACUAAAAGGGAAGCAACAAAAGCCGAGAUGACUAACAAAUGGAAGAAACUAUUCGAAUUCGUUCCGUAUAUUCCAAAAUUGGCCCUUAUGGAAGGAUACUGGACUUUCGUGUGCCACAAAUCCGAUCUGAAAUUUCACAAGACGCACUCAAACGAUUGGAUAUUAAUGGAAAAAAAUUCCGAGACUAACGAAUGGUGCGAAGUAAACGACGAUUUUUGUUUGGACAAAGACGCUCCGACGCAGGAGGAAAAGUUGAAAAACCUCGGAAAAUACAUUUUCGAUCAUAUUCCGAUGCCUGUCACCCUUUACGAUUUUCCCAGUAGCGUUCCGAUGGAAGUUAGACCGCCUAAGACGUUGCUAAUCAACAAGAAAAAUCUCGAAGUGACGCCAGAUUCCGAUUACGCUUACGUUUCAGUGAAAGGGCAGUGGGUAGCUGUUAAAAGAGAUGCGAAAUUUCAGUGGACAGCAGUCGAUGCUAAACACGAAGCUGUGGUUAAGAAAAAAUUGGCGAAUAUGCCAUCGAAAUCCACCAGUGAUGAGGCAACUGUUGUUGAAGUUGAUAAAAAAAUAUCCUCAGUGACCUGUACCCUGCUUCAGUUGGUAACCGGUGUAAAACUCAACAAACCUUUGACUCAUUGGGAUGUCGAAGGUCCCGAAGAAAAAAGACCCCCUAAACUGGCUUUAACGGAGAUCAAUGGUGAACUACGUUGGUGCUAUGUGAGUACCAGCUGUAGAAAAGGUUUCGUUUUGGAGGAUGGAGUUUGGGUAAAAGUUGUACCUUCGGAACCCGGUCAUUGGAAAGCAACCGAAUUCAGUGCUUAUCCCGGAUGUAUCAUAGGUUACUAUCUGUUCGAUAAUAUUUGGGUAACGAUGAAGAAAUAUGUACUAGGCGGUAAAUGGAGCCCAAUUUCCGACUCCAAAACCUCCCCAACCACCUAUUGGAACCAUGUCGGUCCAGAAGAAACGAAACCCCCUAAAAAAAUUCGCUUUGGAGGAACCGAGAAAAUAAUUCACAACAAUUCCGAUAUGGGUUUCGUGAUGAAAGAAGGUGCAUGGGUUCUAGUGGCGAGGGAAGGUAAUAUUUGGAAAACCGUCAAGGAAAACGACCACUUUUUAAUUUAUAAACUCAUCAACGGAAUAUGGAGAAUAAUUGAUAAGGAUACAGAGGACAAAUGGUUCUACAAACCUCUCCAACAGAAGAUUUUCACUUACAAAAAUUUCGAUGGUCUCAAGAAGUAUGCGCCUCCAAGACAAAUUAGUUUGUACAGUGGAGGGGUGAAGAUUAAAAGAAUCAUCGAUGAAAAAUCAGGUCUGGGUUUCGUUUUAAAUAAAGGUGUGUGGGUACUUAAGCAAUCAAAGGAUGGAAAACUCAUUCCGGUGAAAGAUUCUAAAGGCAAAACGAAUUUCGGUUACAAACUCGUUGAUGGCAAACUCAAGUUAAUCCGAAAGGAUGAAAAAGGAGAAUGGAUAGAACCAAAUAUAACCAAGAAUGAAAUGAAACAGAACGAAUCGACUUCACUUGAUAGACAAUUCAGCAAUGCUGUUCCCCUGACCUACGACAGGAUCUUGAUCGAUGUUCCAGAACGUUUAAAACCUCCCAAACACGCAUUACUCAAAGAUAUCAAGAAGGGCAAUCUAACCUGGCAUGUGAUCGACGAACAUUCAGGGUUCGGAUUCACACGUGACAAUGACACUUGGUCGUUGAUGAAAUGGAUUUAUAAUAAAAACUGGGUGGACACAUUCGACGAGGUCGAAUACCGUUACAAAAUUAUAGAUAACAGUUGGUAUCCGGUAAAGAAGGAAAAUAACGUAUGGGUACCUAUCUUCGACCCAAAGACUACUCCGAAGAUUCCCGAAUUAUGUGUUGAAUCCCCCGAAAAAGAUCUGCCGAAUAAAAUAUUGAUGAAUUUGGCUCAUAUAAAAUCGAAAAUAAACGUCACGCCUUCAAGCACCAUGGGCUUCUUAGAGAUGUCGGAUAAGUACGUAUUGGUCAAGAAAAUGUCCAGUGGUAAAUUGUUUCUAUUCGAAUGCGCAAAGAACGCUGUUGUUUUCAAGCAGAACAUUAAUGGCGCAUGGGUAUUUUCGACACCCGCUGUCGCUUCGUUCGAAACAGAUUCGAAUAAAAUCGAUGAUGUGGAUGAAAUAAAAACAUACGCUAACACUGAAGGGACCGAUCUGACAAAACCACCGCAAUACGUUAAAAUCAUGGAAGGAGGUAACUUGAAGUGGAAAGAAAUAGAUUCGAAUAGUGGUUAUGGAUUUGUUCGAAGAAAAUACUGGACAUUGGUCAAGAGAACUGGAGACAAUUGGAGGAUUGUCAAUAAAAGUGAAGGGUAUGAUAUUAUAGAUAACAGGUGGGUGUUGAUGCAAAAUAUCAAUAACCAAUGGUUACCGGCUUUCGAUCCCCACCUGACACCUAGAUGUAGCCUGGAUAGCGUUGGUGAUUCAAUUUUCCCUAUAAGAGUCAUUACUUACAAAAACGGAGAGGCUAAAUAUAUAAAUACAGCAAAUGACUGCAGCUUGGCUUUUACGGUUUGUGCACCUUCCAUAUGUAUGCUCAUGAAACAGGAAGGUACAGAAUGGAUCAACAUGCAGGACGAUCUUGAAGAAGCCCCCACCAUGGCCUUCAAGUUGAUAGAUUGCAAAUGGCGAAGAAUGAAGAAAGACACGAAAAAAGAUCAGUGGUUACCAUGUAGUAAACAGUUUGAUCUUCCCGUUUUACACAUUGAUGUUAUAGGCGAUAAAACUCGUCAACCACCUUCGAAUAUACGCAUUGUUAGUGUAGAGAACAAAAGUAAGGAAUACAAUAUGAGUUUCAACAUUUUUUCCGAAGAAGGUUUCGUACAGGAAGACGGUUGUUGGGUUCUUCAAAAGCCAACCAAAAAUGGAUGGAUCAAGCAUCCAGGUAUUUUUGGUGUUUGCGGUUUUCGAGUUGUCAACAACGAACUGUCAGUUUUCGAUAAAAUAGAUGGAGAGUGGGUGGUAUACGGCGAAUCCAAGAAAAAUACACCUAUGGAAAUCCCAAUAGAACGCCCUGUAACAUAUAAAGAAAUCGCAGACUGGCCCGAAAGAGAAAAACCACCAAUGGAUAUGCUGGUGCUCCAGCAUUCUAAGCAUGCGCUCCUCCCGAAUGAAUGCACUUGUAACUACGGUUUCGUGAAACACAAACACGUUUGGGUUGUGGUGAAGAAGAAUAAAGAUACCUGGGAAGUUCAUAAAAAAGGCGACGAAUUGUUCGCCUACAAAUUGAUCGAGAAUCGUUGGCUCUCCAUGAAAAUUGUUAGGGGUCAUCAUUGGGGUCUAAAUAGUAAUCAAUCCUCGAACUUUCCUCAAACGUACCUCGACACUUAUGGUACGUUUGAGCAAAAACCACCUUUACGUAUAGUGAUAAGUGACGAUAAAUGGAAGCUUAUUUACAAUAAUGAUAAAUUGGGGUUCAUCAAGAAGGAUGACAUGUGGGUGCUAAUGUUGAAGGUUUCGAAUCACUGGAAAGAAUGGAUGCUUCGAGGUAACCAAAUAGGCUAUAAAAUUCUGGACGGUCAGUGGACCAAAUUCACAAAAUCACAGGCAAGUAAUAAAUGGAUAAUCGAUAAGCACGAUUUACUAGUAUUAUCAUGCGAUUUCAUCCCUGGGGACAAGAACGCACCUCCAAGCUCGUUGAAUUUCGGCGUCAGUGAGAAAUGCUCAAAAUUCAAACACGUCAGCUUAGAACCUGGUUCAAUCAGAGGCUUCCUCAAAGAUAACGGAGCUUGGGUCUUGAUGCAGAAGUACAAAGAUGAUGUGACGAAAUUUAAACGAUUUACGUCCUUCGAUACUUACGGAUACAUGCUGAAAGAUGGAGUUUGGAAAAUCGUAGUUAAAGAUAUUGAUGGUUCUUGGAAAAGUGGUUCCUUCGACAAACAAGGUAGGUGGUGCUAUGACAUUAAACUAAGCAUACCUUUCACGAAACCAAUUGAUAAAUACGAAAUCGAUAAACUACCUCAACACGAAAGACCACCACAGACUUUCGUAAUGUUCGAGUAUUCUAUCCCCAAGAAAGUUUCCUUGGCAUCAAUCGAGAACACUUACGGUUUUGCGAAUAACAAAGGUGUGUGGGUACUGCUCACCGUUGAUGAUCAGUGUAAAUGGAAACCUGCUGGUGGUAUCGUUGCCUACAAGUUGAUCAGAAACCGUUGGGUUUCCAUGACCUUCCAAAGUUCAUUCCAAAAGUGGGUUCAAUCUUACGAUCCGAUUUAUACACCGAUCACACAUUUCGAAUCUACUGAACCUUCAGACUCAAGGCCGCCGCUGAGGAUCGCAUUGAACGAAAGCGGGAACGAAAGGUGGAAGGUCAUUUUCCAACACUCUGGUUUUGGAUUCUGCAAAAAAGACGACCUGUGGGUUCUCAUGGAGAAACGAUGUGACGGCACUUGGCGGAAACACGAGGAUUACGUAUCGGAAUUCACGGGUUAUAAGAUGGUCAAUUCGAAGUGGACGAGAUUCAAAAGAAGCGAAGGCGGUCAGUGGAUAUGUAAGGAAUCGUCGUUGCCAAGUUUACAGUGCGAUUUUUCGGAGCAACACGAUCGACUUCCCCCUCCGUCCUUCAAUAACCUUUUCCUCAAAGAUCCUCGAAAUACUCGCGAAAAUACCUCUUUGACACUGGCUUCGUAUGCCAAAUUCGGGUUUCGUAAAGAGGACGACGUGUGGGUCUUGAUGGAAUGCGACAAAUCGGGCGUGUGGAAACAACACAAGAUGUUUCUUGUUCAGACCGACCUAUUCGGGUAUAAAUACGUGGGUGAUCGUUGGAAAUUGAUGAAGAAAAUGCCAAACGGAAAAUGGGUCGAGGGGAAACUCGAAUAUUCCAGUGCAGGAGCAGUGGUGUUUGUGAAAGAAGAAGAGUUGAUGAAUCCACCUAAAGGUAGUAAGAUGAAUGAGAAAAAGGAGAUCAAAAAUAAUAAAACUACAACAACGGGCAAAAAUGAAGAAAGAGAGGUUUCUGUAAAGGAAGAAUUUACUCAAAGUGAUAAGGUCAAGACUUCAGUUCAAAAUAUAGGUGAGAAAGAAAUCAAAGGAGCAAUUAGUUUAACGAGAGAACGAACUCCUGAAGAUUCAAAUGAAGAAAUCGGAAAUGUUGCUAAGAAACGAAAAUUGAACGGAAAUAAAGAAAAUCAAAGUGAAGCUAGGUUGCAGAAUGAACUGACCAAAGAUAGAAGUGUACAGGACGUGGAAGAGGUUCAACGUGAAAAUGUCGAAAUUGGCUGUGUCGGACGUGAACAAGUGUUGGUUAUUGACAGUGAAAAUCAAGAGAAUAAAGACAAGACUGAAAUUGAGCCAAGAGAAAUUGAACAACCAUGUGAAGAUUCAAGAGUAAAAGACAUCAAGGAUGAUAAAGAAAAUAAUAAAGAUGCUGAAAAUGAAAAAGAAGUAGACGGUGGAAAUGAAAAAGACGAAAAAACGAAAGAGGGACCAAUUGAUGAAGAAAACGAACAGCAAGACGCUGGGCAAGAAAUCUCAACAGAAACUAAAAGAAAAUCAAACGAUGACCAGCAAAGUUGCGAGAUAACGACGAAGAAAGAAAUUGAAGACGUAAACGAGCAGCAAGGUGGAGAAAAAAGUCAAGAAAGCACAACGGAAAACGAAGAAAAACACGUCAAAGUUGAAAACAAACAAGACUGUGAAAAAACUGCUAAUGAUAAAAUCGAGAACGACAACAACGAUCAGCAACGUGCACAAAAUAAAGACCGGGGGAUCGCAACGAAAAUUGAAACAAUAGAAAAGGAGAAUACAGAUAAAAACCAAAAUAAUAAUUCGUAUAAAAUACCAAUAACCAACCCAGUUCAGUACCACGAGCUAACGAAGAUGCCAGUCGAAGAUAGACCGCCGAAAAGCGUUUGUCUCAACAUACGCGGUGCGCCACGUCGCAUACCUUUGGUUUCGAAAAUGUCCAAGAUAGGUUUCCAGCACCACAAUGGCGUUUGGGUGCUGUUGGAGCGACUGUCCGGAGUAUGGAGGAUCCUACACAACUCUUCGGGUCUUCCGCUCGCUUACAAGUUGAUAGAUAACCGUUGGGUCAGCAUGAGAACGGACAAGAACGGAUGUUGGAUACCAACGUUCAAUCCCGCGACAACGCCAAGGACCUAUUUCGACACAGAGGGCCCAGACGACGCGAAACCGCCCAGAAGGAUAGCGAUUGAAGAAAACGGCCGUAUAGGCUGGAAAGAAAUAGGAGAAUUCUGCGGUUUCGGUUUCUUGAAGAACGACGACGUGUGGGUUCUCAUGAAGAAAAUCACCAGUAACAAUUGGGCGACGUAUAAGAACAACGAGCAGGAGUCGUUCGGAUUCAAGGUCCAAGACACCAGAUGGACCAAGUUCAAGAAGAGACCCGAGGGCAGUUGGGAAAUGGUCGUCGACGAUCUGCCCUUGCUCCACUACGAUUUUACAUCGAAAACCGAUGCCACGCCGCCGGAAUUCACGAGUUAUCUACAGAAAAGGACCGGAAAAGAUCUGAUCAACGUAGGGUUCCGGAAAGUAGAGGGCGCGUGGGUGUUCAUGGAACUAAACCAGAGCGAAGCGUGGGUCGAAGUUUCGGGUAAAUUCGGUUUCGUACGGGCAACUGGAGAACUUUGGAACGUGGUGGAGAAAGACGAAAACGGCCGGUGGAUCGCGGUUAAGUCGAAUUUGGAGUUCGAAUCGGCGUUCGAUCACGUGUUCCCCGUACGCGUCAAGCGAGAGAGGGAAUCCCUCGAUUUCACACCGAAGAAAAAGGUUAAAAUAGAACCGGUUUCGCCCGCGACUAGCGAACACAUCGAUGUAAAACAAGAAUCGAUCGAACAUUCGUCAUCAGUCAAAGAUGAUAAGUCAACCAAGACAUAUCCCACCGAAACAAGUGUUGAAACGUCUUCUCGGCAAGAUCUCCAAGUUAAAACGAUCGAAGAAACCGAUUCCGAUAUUUCCUCGAAGACUGAUAUAAAUAAACACCAAACGUCUAUAACGAAUUUAACGCCACUGCUCAAGGAGAAGGAAGUACAGCCUGAGAAUUCUUCUUCCACCACUGAAGUUAACAGUUCAAUCCCAAAUUCUUCUAGUUGUCACGAAGAUAAAGUUCCAACAACUGCUGAACAUUCCAAAAUUGAUACACCUCCGAUGGGCGAAGAUGCGGAAGAAAAGAAGAUGGACGAAUCAAAUUCUGCAGCCUCAAAAUCGUCGAAAGAAGAACAGAAUCUAAGAACAAACACCAAACCCGACGAUGAACAAAACGAAGAUCCAAAAUCAAUGCAGAUUAAGGAAGAAUCGACUCCCGCAAUUCCUAAAGAUGAAAAAUCAAAUAAGACAGACGAACCAUCAAAUGUUUCACCGUCGGUGAACCGUGAAGAUCUGGAAACUACACAGAAUAAGGAAGAAACGAAUUCUGGGAAUCCUACAGAUGCAGAUGAAAAACCAAAUGAGACGAAGAAGCAACCAUCAAAUGUUUCACCAUCGGUGAACCGAGAAGAUCAAGAAACUACGCAGAAUAAGGAAGAAUUGAUUGCUGGGAAUCCAACAGAUGCAGAUGAAGAACCAAAUGAGACAAACAAUCAACCAUCAAACGUUUCACCAUCUGUGAACCGGGAAGAUCAAGAAACUACACAGAAUAAAGAAGAAUUGAAUUCUGCGAAUGGCACAAACAAGCCACCAUCAAGUGGUUCACCAACAGCAAACCGAGGAGAUCUGGAAACUACACAGAAUAAGGAAGAAUUGAAUUCUACGAUUACAAAAGAUGCACAAGAAAAACCAAUCGACCAACCAUCAAAUGGAUCACAAUUAGUAAACCAUAAUCUAGGAACUACACGGAACACGGAAGAAUUAAAUUCUGCGAUUCCAAAAGAAACAGAGGAAAAACCAAUCGAGCGAAACCUAGAAAAUGCAGGGACUACACAGAAUAAGGAAAAAUUGAAUUGCGUAGAAAUGUACCUCGCGUUGAAGCCUGACUGUUGCCUAGGUUGUCCCGAGCUGCAAAGUCUACUGCGGAAAUUUAGGCCUGCAACCGUGCCCAACAAGAUCUUGAGGAAGAAAUUUAGGCUUCCGGACGGCAGCUACAGAAUGCUGAGCAUUCCGAGGGCGUUACCUGUUGGCCAAGCCUCGUCAGCAAUUCAAGAUUUGAAGAAGAGUUAGGAAAAGGGGAUUGGUGCCUGGAGAAGAUUACAAAGUCAAGAAGAGGAUUAAAUGGGUGGCUUGGAGGCAGCUUUUUUUUAGAUCAAUAUUUUCUGUUAAAUUGGUUGAUGUGGACAAAGAAAUUGAGUCAGUCGGGUGACUGUAAUUUAUUAGAUUUUAAAAACCGAAAUAAGGCGAAUUUAUAUCCUACUUAUGUGGCUUUUUCAUCAUUUGAAAUGAUCAGGUAAUUCAAGUGAUAAUGUAUAUACUAUCCUAUUUUUUUUUACACUGGUUGAAUGAACAAAUUGUCUUGUACAAAUUUAAUGUGCUUUUGAAAUUACUCGAAUAGACUCACAAUGCACUAUCGGCUGAAAUCAUUUGUGUACGAUACACUAACUUUGUUAUAUUUUUGUACUCUCAUUGGUUUCAUCAUCGACUCUUUAUAAACCUAUUCAGGUACUUACUGAGAAAUUCAUUGUUCGUGAAUCACCAAGCCAAAAGUUAUUCUACAGAGAAUAACACGAGAUACUGUUUUGUGACUUAUUGAAAUUGAUUGUUAAUGAAGUGAUGGCAAUCUAUCUGGAAGUAAACUGGACAAGCAGUUUAAUUUCAGCCUCACUCUGAUAAUGACUUUUGAAAUUAAUAGUCACUUUGAAAAUUUUGAAAUUUAUACACAUGAACGACUACACUAAUGAAUUUGGUUUUGAAUUCCUUGAACGGUUCUUGAACAUGCAACAUUUUAUGACAUUGCUCUCUUGUUAAAAUUUGGCUUCAUGUUUCCACAUUUCAUCAUAUUUUGUACGAUAUUGAACUGAAAUAUUAUACAUUCCGUCCCUUCUCUCCCCUUUUCCUAAUGAUUGUUUAUAAAUGCUGCUAGAAAGGUUUAUGAAUUCGGUAGCUAUUUAAUCGGUAUAAUAAUGAUCUAUUUCCUUUCCAAAACAAUGGACAGUAUAAGAGACGACAAUUCUUCGUUCACAUCCCCAUAACAUUUGUAAAAUAAACUGUUUCCUAUAUCAUGUUAUGUAGGUAUCUUGCAUAUUUCUGUCGACUGUUAAAAUAAAUUUUUAAGAUUUUUUGUUAUUAUUUGUAGUAAAAUCAAGUUACCAUUUAUUUGAAACUAUUGUUACUUAGAUCUAAGUUUGAGCUAUUAUUUGAUUUUUACAUUGUUCAAAUAAACUAUAUUUUCAUACUGAA